CAACACCCACCCUGAAAGAUCAAAAAAGAAAAAAAACAUUUAGGAAAUAUAGCAUUUCUGAUAGAUUCCGCCCGUUAAAUUCCCCUCCAAAUGAAAAGGAUGGUCGCAAUUGAGAAGAAUGAUGAUGGUGAUUGCGAAGAAAAAACAAAAUUAAUUGUAGAGAGGGGUGUAAACACUAGGCAGCUAAAACACGGAUAAUAAGCAAUUAUUUGGGGUAAGGUGGGCAGCAGCAAGCAUGGAGUGUGUGGUGGAGACUGCGACAGUGAAGAAACAGAGACGCUCACAAACGUCAAAAUGACGGGGCCCUCUUCGCCAUUAAUGCCGUUGUUUCAGCAUCACCUACCUUCCCAAGCCGAGUUGACGGUUCCCUUCCCUCAUCUCUGCCAUUGUCAAAGUCUCCACCAACAGCAUCUCAUUAGUACAAUUCUUGCAUUUAAUUAGUUGACCUAAUAUAUCUGCUCUGCUGUUACUCUCUUGCUCUCUCUAUAACUAUGAACUAUCAGUGCUCUUCGGCUAGAACUAGAGCUGAGUAGGCCACUGCGAAGAAAUUUUUUGCAGAUCUCUCUCUUUUAGCUUCACUGGGAGCAAUGGCAGAUGAGGGAGCUGCUGAAGUCACUGGGCCAGUUCGUCGUGUUCUUAUCAUUUCCGCCGGUGCUAGUCAUUCAGUCGCUCUACUCUCUGGAAAUAUUGUUUGCACUUGGGGACGAGGAGAAGAUGGGCAGUUAGGCCAUGGUGAUGCUGAGGAUCGACCUUCUCCGACACAGUUGAAUACAUUGGAUGGUCUUGAAAUUGUAUCUGUUACUUGUGGUGCCGAUCAUACAAUUGCGUAUUCUGAGUCACAUGCGAAUGUUUAUAGCUGGGGAUGGGGAGAUUUUGGGAGGUUGGGUCAUGGAAAUUCAAGUGAUUUAUUCACUCCUCAACCAAUUAGAGCACUACAUGGUUUAAGGAUAAAGCAGAUCGCUUGUGGGGACAGCCAUUGUUUAGCAGUGACAAUGGAAGGCCAGGUGCAAAGUUGGGGGCGAAAUCAAAAUGGCCAGCUUGGUCUUGGCACCACUGAAGAUUCUCUUGUACCUCAGAAAAUUCAAGCUUUCCAGAAAAUCCCAAUUAAAAUGGUCGCAGCUGGUGCUGAACAUACAGCAGCUGUCACAGAAAGUGGAGAGCUCUAUGGAUGGGGUUGGGGUCGAUAUGGGAAUUUGGGCCUUGGUGAUAGAAGGGAUCGCUUGGUGCCUGAGAAAGUUUCUCUGUCACAUGGAGAGAAGAUGGUUAUGGUUGCAUGUGGGUGGCGACAUACAAUAUCUGUUUCCUCCUCUGGUGGAUUAUACACUUAUGGAUGGAGUAAAUAUGGUCAACUAGGACAUGGGGAUUUUGCUGAUCACCUCAUUCCUCAUCAGCUGGAGGCAUUGCAGGGUAGUUUUAUAUCUCAGAUAUCAGGCGGUUGGAGACACACUAUGGCAGUUACAUCUGAUGGAAAACUUUAUGGGUGGGGAUGGAAUAAGUUUGGACAGGUUGGAGUUGGUGAUAACGUAGACCAUUGUUCUCCUGAGCAAGUUAAAUUUCCCAAUGAGCAGAAAGUAAUUCAGAUCUCAUGUGGUUGGAGGCACACUCUUGCUGUUACUGAGCAGCAAAAUGUAUUUUCUUGGGGAAGAGGUACAAAUGGACAGCUUGGAGAUGGAGUCUCUAUUGACCGGAAUGCACCAGUAAUAAUAGAAGCUUUAAGUGUUGAGGGAUCUGGUUGCCAGCAGAUAGAAUCCUCAACGGUUGAUAUUUCAUCAGGGAAAAUGUGGGUGUCACCAGCAGAGAGAUAUGCCGUUGUUCCUGAUGAAUCAGGACAAACAACGACAGUCAAGGGGAGUGAUGCAAGUGUUCCAGAGGCGGAGGCGGAGGGUGAUGUUAAACGCAUCCGAAUUUGAUACCCUAAUAUUUCAGCCUUCAAUGUAAAUUCCUACUUUUUUUUUUUUUUAUUUUUUUCCCUCUUUUAUCUCACUCUGCUAAUAAUAUAAACUGACAAGGAUGUUAAGUAUUCCCUUUUCUCUCCAUGUGGCAUAAUGAUCCACACUUAACAAACCUAAAAUGUUUUGAUAUAAUCCCAUCUUUUUAAUAUUAUUAAUGGGACAAAAUAUUCCAUGUGUUUUAAGAACUA